UGUUUGUGUCUUUUUCAUUUUUGAGGACAUGUCCGGGAAAUUCCCUAAUCCACAGAUCAGUGCAGCCAAAACCCGCUGGAAUCAGAGGAUCUUUCCUCCUGAAUCAGAAAAAUAUGUCGUCUUGACUGAAAGCUCGGACUCUAAUGUCGCAGAAAUGAACAGCAUGAAUGAAAAGGAGCAGGGACAGAACCGCAAGUAUAAAUGA